AUGCCGCCCGAUCCUCGCAUCGCCGCGCUCGACUUCGACGCCAAUCGAAAACGUGGACGCCGGUCAUCGGGCUCGCGUCCUCGAACUGACAGUGGUGACUUUGAUUUCAUGGGCCAGGUCGCCCAGGAGAUCAUUGAGCGAGAUCGCAUAGCAAUGCGCAGGGAGGUGAUAAGAGUCCUGAGCUUUGUUUGCGCUGUGCUCAGUUGUCUAUGUGCAGGAUCAAUCACCUCAUUCUCCCUCUACGGCGCCCGUUUUCUCCAGGACCUGCACUAUUCGCAACUCCGGGUCAAUGCGGUCUCCAUCACCGCGGAGUUGGCCAUGUAUCUCCCAGUCCCUCUCUUUGGCUAUCUAUGCGAUCGCUACUCACCACCACCACUGUCGCUUCUCUCCUCAGUCCUCUUUGGUGCUGGAUACCUCCUCGCUGCAUAUACAUACAAAUCAGGCCCGCCACCCGACGCUACAACAAAACCAGGGAACGGGUGGCCUUUCGGGGUCAUGAUCAUAGCCUUCAUCGGCAUUGGAGCGGGAACAAGCUGCAUGUACCUCUCCGCUGUGGCCACCUGCGCGAAGAACUUCGCCAACGCAAAAUAUCGGGGUUUCAUGCUCGCUGUGCCGAUUGCGGCAUUCGGGCUGAGCGGCAUGUGGGAAUCACAGGUUGGAGCGCACUUGUUGUAUGAGAAGCUGCCCAAUGGUCACAAGGGAGAGGUUGAUGUGUUCAAGUAUUUCGUCUUUCUAGCUGGAACGUUGAUCGGCGUCGGUCUUCUUGGGACGUUGGGAUUGCAGAUCGUGGAUGAGGAAGAACUGAUUGAGCACGGGGUGGAGAAUCUCGAACGCAGCGGUCUGUUGGAUGAGAGCGAAUUCUACCACGACACUUCUCGUGCCCCUACCCCUGUGAAUUACGGCACGAUUGGAUAUGACGAAGACUCUGGCGACGGUUCUGGCUCAUAUUCCGACGACGACAUGGACUCCGAAGCCGAACGAAACCUCUCCGAAUCUCAGCUCCUCAAGAAACACGAACAAGACCGCCGCUUACGCAAGAAGAAAUAUUGGCUCCUCAACCAUGCCACGCACACAUUUCUCACUGAUCGCACAAUGUGGCUUCUUGCGGCGGGGUUUUUCCUCCUCACAGGGCCAGGAGAAGCAUACAUCAACAAUCUCGGCACAAUCAUCCCAACGUUGACGCCGGAGAAUUACAAUUACUUAGAUGGCGACGAGAUGGCAAGUCCUCCCGCGGGCCACGCAAGUAUGCACGUCUCCAUCAUUGCCCUUGCGUCAACUUUCGCCCGCUUAUUCACCGGUACAUUAUCCGACCUCUUCGCUCCUCCUUCGAACCCCGACUCACCUCCCAGCAACCGUGUACAGUUUUCUCGCCUUGUUCUUCUCAUUCCCUCGGCAUUCCUCCUUCUCCUCGCAUUCCUAAACCUCGCUCUUCCGGUGCUCACUCCCCAGCAUCCGAGCUUGUUCCUACUCUCCUCUUCGUUGGUGGGGUUAGGAUACGGAGCAUGUUUCAGCCUCGUGCCCAUCAUCAUCUCCGUGGUAUGGGGUGUGGAAAACUUUGCGACGAAUUGGGGUGUUGUGGCUAUGAUGCCUGCUGGAGGUGCCGCGGUGUGGAGUCUCGUUUAUUCCGCAGGCUAUUCUGCGGGAAGUUCGCAUUCUCCUGAUGUGGAGGACGGGGAAUGCCGAGGUUACCUGUGCUUCGGGGUGUGGGCUUGGGGAUGUGCGGCGAGUGUGACUUUGGCGAUUGUCUGCUGGUGUGUCGCCUGGAGGGUUUGGAAAAGGAGAAACGUGGUCGUGUAG